AUGCCCACAGUCGUGCAGCACCAGGUGCUCGCCCUCCAGCCAGUUCGCCGCCCAGCCCCCCCGCCACCCGGACUGCUGCCUGCGCACGCCCCCGCUUCCGCUACCGCUACCGCUAGCUCAGACCAGAAUGGUACCGACCUCCUUUCCCAACACCCAGCUCCUCUUCAAUCACCCACUCCCGGCAUGAACAUGGCAAACGGUCGCCCAGCACCGCCACCGCAACCGGUACCUAACCGACAUCACCGCGGCGGGGAUGUGGUCGAUUCGCUCAGCAGUGAAGGAGGAUCUCGUGCGCGUAUCCCGCCGCCGUCUUCGAACCAGAACACGUUGUCUACCCCCCAACCCCAGAUGCCGAAUCAGAGCCUCCCGAAUCACCCACAACAGUACAUCACAGCCUUGAACAAUGGUUCCCAUCCCUCCCCCCACGCCAACAUGAACACGCACACUUCACCGCCCCUCCAGCCACCGCCUCCCCGUCAACAACAACAACAACAACCCACGCAGGUCCCCGGUCCUGUGCGUCGACAGGGAAAGCCCAUCUUUGAGUGGUUCAAGGGCAAGCUUGGGGCGCGUCGCAGCAGUGAUGCAGACCACACUCGCGAUGCGGCCGCCGUGGUGACCAAGAGGACCAUCUACAACCGUGCCCCCGCGACGCCGCGCGGUGACCCACGCACCUGGGAACGGAACGGACGGGAAGUGCUCUCGACCCCGCGAGGUGCAAGAGGUGGCAAUGAGCCUGAUUCUUGCGCGCGGUUGACACUGUCGCCCGCUGAGAUUUUCGGUCCGGCGCUGCCCCUCACGGACGACCAUCUCGCGCGCACAGAGUCGGUAUCGCUGAGGUCGUAUUCGAUAUCCAUCUCUCAAAUCUCAGAGCGUCGCCGCGAGCUCAACAACCCUUACCCUUCCCUUCCCAUCCCACACGUACGGAGGUCGUACCCUGCUUCGACGAUCGACUCUGGUUCCCGCCCGCCGAGCAUGAGCAUGCUCUCGCGCUCGCGCACACCCAGUCUCGCCAGUUUGUCCAGCCGUGCCCAUCCGCACAUCUCUGUGGCGGACGACGACAGCGUGGCGGAAUCAUUCCCCCUCGCCGGACGUGUGGCAGAUGAGGACGCGAGUGUGCGUCCCAUUGCUCCCUCCCCGGAACGCAGCAUCAGCAUUAUUUCUCGCACUGGGUCAGCGCCGCUUGGUCGCUCCGACUCGGUACCCCGUCGCGUGCCAUUGCCGACCGCAUCGCAUCCAGAGCGACGUGACACAUUUUCAUCCCUUGGGGGAGUCACGUCGGCAUAUUCAGACGAUGGGGCCAACUCUCGCCAGGAGUCUAUCUCCAUUGCGAGUACUAAACCAACCACCGUCAUGUCCUUUGAAUCUGGCCCGCCAGCUGUGGCGCACAUCGCUGUCGCACCACCGUCGACGACCUCUUCGCCCGUGACGGUGGCCAGUGCCGUGGCAGGCUCGUCUAUCCAAGGUGUCCCCUCGCCCAUCUCGCCAACGUUCCUCCCACCAGCGAUUGUGCACGAGGACACUGCCGCAGAUGAAGCACCCCCACCGCCAGAGGACGACAUUCGUGUCCCCCGCCACACGCGGUACCACCCGCGUAACAACCCGCACCCUUCCUCGCCUCCUGGGCCCGACGCGUCGACCGUGACUUUGGCAAGCAGCACGUUUGCACUGGUAUCCCCAGCCGCACCUCGUCCCAGCUCUAUCCGGCACACGACAAGCCCGUCUGCCUACCACGCUCCGCAUCUCAGCACGUCGCCGUCGGUCGCGUUCGCAGACCCUCAACAGGGAGGUGCACCGGCCCCCCCAGGAAGCCUGUACGACGGGCUGUCCACCCACGCGCUGUCGUUGCACCGUACCCGCGCAUAUGGCCGGGCCGAUGACGACGCGUCUAUGCGCGCUCUGCGCCGCCGCGGGUCGUGGGAGAGCAGUGAAUCUCGCUGGUCAUGGAGGCCCGGAGCUGGUCCCGGUCCCGGCGGCGUCGGCGCCGACACGGCGAGCAUGUUCUCAGCGCUCAACCGCCGGUCCGAGUAUCUCGAAAAUGACGAUGGCGCCGGCAGGUCGAGCGUGUAUACCCGGGACAGCUUCCGUACCGCCAUGACCGGAUGGGUCGCUGAGACGACGGCCGAGGGCGGCGACGGGCUGACGGGACUGGGGAGUGAGACGGGGUUACACCGGCCUCUGAGCGUCAAGGCCGUGUAG